GUUGAUUGUCACCUUAGGUAAGAUGGGUUGACACGUGAGUCGACAAUCAGAAAUAAAGACGCAACGGCGGCACAAGGAUUAAGGUCCUCGCUCCCGUCGAGCCGGCAAUGAGGGGCCUCUCUACCUUGGGAAACUUGGGGUAAAGGUACGGAUGGAGGACCAGACGGAGGAACUCGUUGCUUGGCCGCAUGGAAUCCCACAUUGGCAUCAGGAACCUGCGACUCAAUAUGGCAAUCCGGAGCAUGCUGCGUCCGCAAAGGACAACAACGCCGUUGGAGUUGCCAAUCUGGCCACAUGGAAGUCUGUUUAUAUGAGAAGGGCCGGGCAGAGUUGAUUGUGAGAUGGGUGAAGCAAAUACACACUGUUUCUUGUUAAUGUUCCUGUGUCAGUCUUUCAUCGCAUUCUUCACCACUCGUCAAGCCCUUACCUUCACGAGAAACCACCUCAACUUCAAGCAAAGUCACACGAAUCAACCACCACAAUGAAGUCCACAUCCCUCCCCCUCGCCGCCACCCUCCUCGCGACCGCCACCUCGGCCUUCCAGGUCGGCAAGCCCCCCAUGCCCCAAGCAAAAACCACAAUGGCAGACAACUUCCCCUGGCGCGACCCCUUCACCUCCGCAACCACAGACGCCUACACCCCGACCUGCUCCUCGUCAAAGACCUUUUCCGCGACGCAGUACACCCUCCACGACCUCUUUGACAAGCCGCCGACGGGCCUCUUCCCCUGGGGUGAUGGGCUCAAGACCUUUUUUUCGGGCCGCGAGUACCCCGGCGGCUGGGCCGGUCUCGAUCGCCACAUGUAUGAUCGUAAUGUUCUCAUGAUGGAGUACGCUGAUGUGCCGGUGCGCGUGCGAGAGUGGAUUGAGGAGGAGGAGCGGGCCGACGGUGCCGGGAAGGGCUUGUUUGCUGUGUUUGAGAAGCCUGCUGGGGAGGGGGACAAGGUUACGGAGCAGGUUGAGCUUGCUGAAGAGGUUGAUCGCGGGCUUGAUGGGGGGAGGGUUGCUAUUUUUGCGCCGGGGGCGUUGUAUCCUGUUCUUCCUCUAUUUGUCGCCGACGGUAGCGAUUGUGAAGGUGAGUCGGACUCGUUUCUUCCCUUUUCUUUCUACAAACGCAUUCCUACGAGAGACUGGCUAACAUCAUCGCAGAGACGCUCGCCGAUCUGAGCGGUUACCAGGCCGUGCCCAAGGAUGCCGCCGUCGUGGCGUGGCCCGUCAGCCACACCCGUCCCGAUACCGCCAAUGACAAGAGGGACAUUGAGUUCACCGUCAAGGCUCAGGUUCUCAAGAUCAAGGAGGGAGCGUCGGGGGUUGAGGCUGCCGAGGAGUCAAAGGUGGCCGAGGAGUCAAAGGUGGCCGAGGAGUCAAAGGUGGCCGA